GUCGGCGGCAGGACAGACAGACAGUGGACAGUGCAGUGCGGCCACGAGCUGCUCUGGUUGUCAUCUUGCAUCGUUGUUCAUCGUUCCGCCUUCAUUCAUCGAACCGAAGACGCGAGGAGGUUGACCCCCAACACUCAUCCGGUCCUUCUGGUGUCCAUCGACAGCCUUCAUUCAUGUCAAAUCGCGUAGAAGUGCUCUCUUAAUUUGCAUAAAAUGCCACCUAAAAAAGAAGUUGGGUUCCAAGAUCCAAAGAAAGUGGUUUCAGAUGUAGAUAAUACGAAUACUGUUGAGUUAGAUGAAUUAAUAAGCAGUGAGAGUGAGGAUGAAGGAGUCUCAACCAGGGACCUCAAUGUAGCUUUACAGCAAGGAAAAAUAGAUGAGGCAGAUGAAAGGCUUGAGAAGGCAUUUGAAGAUGAAGUUGAACAGCUUGAAGAGGUUUUGGAAUCCCCAGGAGAUACAGAAUUAAAUUUGGUGGUCAAGAAACUGCAAAAAUUCACUUCAUUUGAUAAAGCUCGGUUCCAAGACAUAUCACCUCAGAUUGUUGAAGGACGAAAAUUUAUCAUUGAUGGGGACAGCCUGCUCAUGCAUGCUCUCGACUCCAAAGGUCUUUCAAUGGAGCUUGGUGGUCAAACUUUACAUGUGAUUUACAUUGUUGAAAACUUUCUCCAAACUUUUAUAAGUAGAGCAUUAAACUUUGUAGUUGUAUUUUUCAAGAUUUGGGAUAAGGCUUGGACCGGGUUUCCACAACUAACCAUGGCUAGAAAUGCUGUAAAGUUGCACCUUUUACACAAUCAGAAGAAAUUUGAUGUUAUUAGCACAAAUUCCUUAUGGUCUGAAGAAUUCAAGCAAUAUCUAGCCCAACAAAGACCAGGAUUCCUCAUGAUGUCUACUAGACUUCCUCAUUUUAUUCAGUCAUCAAAAGUAGAAGAUGAGAAAACAUCAUCAAAAUGGUUGCAGUUUGUGAUGAGUGCUCAAUCAGCUCAUUGUGAGUUUAUAUGCCUUGAUGUUGUUGAUAUUGGUUCUGUCGUCUCAUCAAGUGCAUGUCUUAUGGCAACAGUCCAUGUGCAUUUUAACAAUCUUGGUCAAUUUGAAGAGAAGGUCUCCAAAGAUAUAAAGGCAGUUGAGAACAUGAUGCCAGAAGUAAGCCAAGCCCAGGCUUUUAAAGAAUUGCCAGAGAAGGAUGUCAAGAGCUCCAUAAUCAUUUUAGCAGCAUCUUCGCUUCUCAAGAAAAACCCAAGCAGUGAUGUUAUCAGUGUCACCAAAAUUGUGCUUCUGUCAUUAGCAUUUCAAGAACACUUGCCUUUAAAGAUGAGGUGCUUCAAGAAUUUGCCAGAUCUGCCUCCUAGAGUAGCUCAAAUCCUACAUGAUUUUCAGGGUGAAAUGGCAAAUAUUAUUUCUAACCUACCAACUGAUGCGGAUAAAUUAUCAUCUGUCGACUUCAGAUUCGUAGGAGACCUUUGGCAAGGUACUUUUGUGAAGGCUGUUUUCCAUGGCAUUGCAGAGGCUGGAAGUCUCCAAAGUGGCGAAUUAGGGAACAUUGUUGCUAGCCGAUAUGAAGAGUUUGUUUCACUUGUCAAAAAACUGACUGAUGUACAGAACUUACAGGCAUAUCCUUUUGAACAUUUCUGUGAAGGAACAUGUUCAGGACACACUGUGGAGAAAACCGUGUCAAUGCUUCCUACCCAUUUUGGUACGAAAAAGCUUUUGCAAUCAUCAUGUAAAUUAUCUGAAUUGUUUUGUGGUGAUCUUAGUAGUAAAUUUGCUCGCACUAUUAGUGCAUGUCAAGAUUGGAGUGAUGAUGAAUAUCUUCUUAAAAGCCAGCACUGGCAGAAUCUAAAACCAUUGACAGAUGAAUAUGAACGAAUUCCUGAUGAUGCAGCUAAGGACAAGGAGUCCCAGUAUGAAACAAAUAAGAGAUAUGCUCAAAAUUCCAGAAAUGCUUAUGCACGAUACCAGACCAUAUAUGGCAUGAGUUUAGAAGGACGUACAGCAGUAAAGGCAAUUGUAACCAAUUCAGCCAACAAACAUCAAAAUACAAAGAAGACGGUCGACAAACCUAAAGCACCAACCAAAGCCAAGCAGGUGAGCAAGAAGGAUAAAAUUAUUGAAGAUAACUUAAAAAGAAUGAUGGAUGACAAGCAGAAGCAACUGAAAGAAAGACUAAUAGUAAAAUAUUUUAAAGAAUUAUGUCCAUCAGGUUUCCUUUCAAUGCAAUCAGUUCAAAAGUUCUGUGUUGACUUACGAACCAUGCUUGAAGAGGAAUCUCUUGAUGACCAACUGAAAGUGCUUGAUUGUCUAAAGAAGGUAGAUUAUAGUGGCCUUAAUACAAGUGAAGAAUAUGUUUACAGAAAUAUCCCAUGGGUCUUAGAUGCUUUGAAAGAUAGAGGUAUGUUGCCUGCAUUAGUUUUUACAUACAAUCGUGCCCUUGUGGAGGCUAUGCCUUUGAAACUACUUCGGUACCUUCGAGACCUGGAUGACUUCACUGAAGAUGAGGAAACUGACAUUGAAAGUGAAUCCGAGACUGAGAAUGAUAAAAAAGCCAAUAAGACCCACAGAAGGUUCCGUGGAAAACGAUUUAAACGGAAGUUGGGUCUCAUGAGGGGUCCAUCUAUGCUCAAGAGCACUGGUUCUCUGAGAGGAGAAGGCUUUACUGAUGAGAAAAUGAUUGACUUUAUUGAAAAACGUCUAAUCAAAACUGGUUAUAAAGCACAAGAUUCGUUCCCAAGUUUGCUCAGGAGGGGUUUGGGGAAACAUUUUGCUGGGAUGAAUAACCGAGAAAGAUCAGCAGUUGAGAUGCUAUUCCGAUUGAAGAUCCUAAAUCUCCUUACUGCCACUGAAACCUUGGCCCUGGGUAUUCAUAUGCCAUGCAAAACUGUAGUGGUAGCUGGUGACAGCCCCUUUUUGAAUGUCCUUGAGUUUAAUCAGAUGUCUGGUCGAGCUGGCAGACGAGGUUUUGACAAGGAGGGAAAUGUGAUAUUUUUUGGACUCCAUCAACGCAAGAUGGAAACUCUCAUGACAGGGAAUUUACCACAGAUGGUGGGAAACUUCCCAUUGAGUGCAUCACUGAUUCUUCGCUUACUUUUGUUAGGCAGUGAUGUAAACUUGGAGCUUUGAAGAACUAUAACAAAAUGACACUGAACAUCUUUAGCCAUUACUUCAUGUGUGUAUCGGAUGACAUAAAAGAGAAGCAUGGAGAUGAGACUACAUUGCCUCUUUCUCAGCUGGAUGUUCAGUCCAAUAAUGUGCUCCAAGAAGAAAUACUAAAAGAGGGGAAAGUUGUGUCAUCUCUGAGUAACCUGCAUGUGACUAGCAAUGUCUGCUCAGUCUUUGCUGGUUUAUCUGGGUAUUCUGAUCAAGAUUUGUUCCCAUUGUCUGGUGAACUGGCUCAUAUUAGAGGAGAUUUGAACGUCAAGGCAGUACCUACUCUGGAACUGGACUUCAGCUGCAAUUCAUAUGCAUUGGAUUUCUACAGGCAUGGCACACGAGAAGCUUUGUGCUUUGACAAUGGUUUACAUUCAGGGCACGAUUUCACUGUCUUAAAAGAUUUCAUGCUGGUUCUUAAGUCUAUUCAGACAUCAUUAUCAGAGACAUACCCUAAUUCAAAAUUCUUUGAAGCUGUUGGAAUUAUUUCCAACACCUUUGAAACAAAUUUCACAAAGGCAUACUAUGCUUUUAAAGGUUUGUAAGUAUUCAUCAAUAGGGUUUGUUUGUUAUUCUGUAACUGGGAACUAUAUUUCAAAAAUCCUGUUCUGGAAUUGAAAGCAAAUCAAUUUAAUUGACUGUUGUGCAAAAUAGAUUCAAUUUUAACCCGUUUUAAAAGAAAGAAAAAUCUGUGCCACAAUAUGCAUUUACAUUUUUCCUGUAAUAAGUUAAACAAUACAUCAAUAAAUACAUUUUAAAAAAUUUAA